AUGCUGGAUUUCAUGGACUACAUCCAGCUCGCCUUUGCGGAGGCCACCAACUGGAACCGCGACAACUCAUACCUAUCGCUCACCACCACCGCACAGUCGAUCCUGGACUUUUCUACUCCGGAAAGAUUGCGAGUUCGUGUUUCUUCACUCUCAACUCCUCAUUUCGCAACCAGCUACACGCUAGGCACGGUGGGCUUGCUCGAUGGCUCCGUAUCGUACCUCUUCAGUACUGUCCCUCUUCACAACACGCCGAGUCGGAGCGCGUUGAUACCUCUUCGAAAGAUCUCUCCGGGUUACCGUCAAGUAUAUCCGCCGAUAGCCCCCGUGCAGUCAUGGGGCUGGGACUCGCUUUUAAAUGGAGUCGGCAUUCCCGGCCUGAAGAACGGGCCCGCAUCCAAGUUUCCCACGCGCAAGGACGAUGAACAAACGGUAGAUGAGGCUGCACAACGGAAAGCAACUCUUUUGCAUGCCUCGCUUCAACUUCCGUCGCCAACCACGUUGUAUGCACUAUUCCUGCGCAGGAUGUCCCCAACCACACAACUGUCCCUUGCGGUUUGCUCGACCCGAGGACCGCCUUUAUCAAAUUCCGCACCGCAGGCAUCAAUGCUCGCUCAAUUAUCUCAUGACACGGGCAAAUACUGCAACGAGUAUCUAUUCAGUACUGAUAACGCACUUUUUGGCUGGCGUGGUCUCUGGAAUUUUGGUCCUGAUCCUCGUGUUACCCGCGAUGAUGCGCCGCCUCGAUUGUCACUUCUAUCCGCCGGAGCAGAAGCAUACUACUCACCAGUAUCUUCACUCAUCGGAAUGUCAACAGGACUGCGAUUCAGCACACUCCCGGCAGCGACCGAAGUGCCUUCGCCUUCAUCUACAUCUACACCUCCCACACCUAUAUCCACAUUUCCCUAUACCUUGACGCUCACUCUCACCCCUAUCACUGGCUCUUUGUCCACGACAUAUUCCCUCCGUGCCUCACCGAAUCUCGCAUUCAGUUCGCGGUUUGGCUUCAAUGUCUACAGUUGGGAGAGCGAAAUGGUUGCCGGCUGUGAACUCUGGCGGAGGGCCAAGAAAUCCACCUCCCCCGCGAACGACGAUCUUGAAUGGGCUCGGCGGAAAAUGCGCCUGCACGAUUUCUCUGCCUCGUUGCCCGGUUCCCCGCCGCCGACCCCUCCACUCCCCUCUGACCCGGUUCAUCCCGAGCCUGUUACGGGCUCAGAGACAGAUGACAGUGAAGCCAAUGAUUCCGUGAUCAAGCUCCGCAUAGACCAAUCUUGGAAUGUACGUCUACUAUGGGAAGGUCGAGUCAAAGAGCUCCUGGUGAGUGCAGGUGUCGGGUUGGGCCCGGGAUCCUUCUCGCUGUCUCCGAGUCUGUCCUCCACUGCUUCGGGGAGUGGGUCGACGCAGAGUGGAGGUGGCGCACCCUCAUACUGGCGUGGGGUUGGAGUUUCGGUCAUGUAUUCAUCAUGA